UCUUGUUGACACGCGUAGGCGUUUGAGAGGUAGGAGUGUUCCUUCUUCGUUGUUUAUCUCUCUCUCUCUCUCUCUCUCGCGAAAGUUCUCUCCUGGUUGGAACCUCCAAUCCGAAGAUGGCACGAAGAGACGAGAUGAAGCUGCGGAGGAGACGAGAAGCUGCAGAGGAGAGAUGAGAUGAAGCUGCGGAGGAGAGAGCUUCUGGUAGUGAAAGCGGGUUGGAUUGUAUCGAUGGUGAUCCUGUUAAAGGUAAUCACUUUUGCACUCUGCAUCAAGCAAUCCCCUUUCUCAUCAAGCAAUCCCCUUUCUCUCUCUCUCUCUCUCAUCAACUCAGAGGAGGCAACGACCGUGUACUCAGAGGACGCAGUGGAAGAAGAAGCGCAUGAGGAGACUGAAGAGGAAGCACAGGAAGAUGAGACAGUGAUCCAAGUAGACAAAAAUGGCAGAACCAGCGUACACAGUAGCAUCAGACAGCAAGAACACAUGAGAAAAGAUGCUAUGGCUGGACUUCACGUCCUUAGGUUAAUGCCCGAGCCGACAGCUGUUGCACUACUGUAUGCGCAGCAGUAGCAGAUGACUAGUCAUGACAGCAUGGGGAGCGGAAGCGAGAGGCUUGCGGUUAUAUUCAACAUGGGUGCUGGUUACUGCAACGUUCUUUGUAUAGCCUCUCCAAUCUCUUGUAUUUUUGUGUCUAUAGACUUGUGUUAAAGUUUCUAUAUAACUUUACAACACUCUUGUUUUCUCUUUAACAUAACUUCAAAGUCCAUAUAAAAUUUCAUAAUCUCUUU